AUGAAACGCACACCUAGUUCAAUGCCAAUGAAAAGGAAGAUGACAGCUUCUUCUCUCAAAUCUUCUUCACAACAAUUGGAUGAAGAAGAAGCAUAUUUAUAUUUACCCGACGACUGUUGGGAAUCUAUUUUCAAAUUCAUCCUUAACGACAACAAUCGUCACCGUUUGAAUCCUCGUCCUUGUUUCAAUUCUCUAUCCCGCGUCUCCAAACAGUUCCUCUCUAUAACAAAUUCUCUCCUAUUCUCACUCACUGUCAAUCCCUCAACAGUCCCUUUCGUCAAAGGCCUACUCCAAAGGUUCACCAACCUCACCUCCCUUCACCUCAACUCCCGCUUUGACGUUGUCAACGAUAUUCUUUGCUUACUAUCUCAAUUCCCAUUGAAGAAACUCACAUCCCUCGCUAUUACCAGCAACCACAGCUUUCCGGCCAAUGGGUUGCAUGCAUUCUCCCAAAAUAUUAAAACUUUGACCUCUCUCAGUUGUUCCUGUGCUUGGCAUGAUAACAACGAUCUCUUACUCAUUGCCGAUUAUUUCCCCUUGUUGAAACAGCUCAACCUCAGUCGCCCUUCAACGAUCAACAACCCUACUAACUUCAUUACAUCAAUUUGCUCUCUAUUAUCCAAGUGUCCAUGUAUACAACAUUUGGAUCUUCAAAAGACUUAUUUUCUGAAUGAUCAACUUGUUGCCGAGUUGUUUCUUGCGGAUUUGGUGUCUAUAAAUCUUAGUGAUUGUUUGCAUCUCACAGAAUUAGCCUUGUAUUCACUAGUUAGAAACUGUCCUUCACUUUGUGAGAUCAAAAUGGAAUACACAUCUAUCGGGAAAGAGAGUGAAGGGUCUUCGGAUUCUUUGGAGCAGUUUGGUGUAUAUCCUCGAUUGAAGUCUCUCUACUUGGGUCAUAAUCCAUGGUUAAGUGAUGAAAUAAUAAUAAUAUUUGCUUCUAUGUUCCCCAAUUUGCAACAUCUUGAUUUUCCUUGGUGCAAUCGUAUAUCUGAAGAUAUUUGUCAAUUCUUAACGAGAUGUUGUAAGUUAAGGCAUUUGAACUUAGCUGGAUGUCGAAGAGCGAAGCUACUUGGAAUAAACGUUGUAAUUCCCCAGCUGGAGGUGUUGAACUUGUCAUAUACAAAUGUUGAUGACGAAACAUUAUCUGUGAUCUCAAGGAAUUGUUGUGGGCUUUUGCAAAUACUACUGAAAAAUUGCGAUAAUGUCACAAUGAAAGGAGCGAAACAUGUCGUAGAAAACUGCACACAACUGAGAGAGCAUGGAUGCCUUAUAGAAUUCUGA